AUGAAUAUUAUAUUGAAAUUCUUUCAUUUAAUAUUACUUCUAAAAUUUUCUCAAAGUAUAGAAUUAACAUUUGAGUUACCUGAUAAUGCAGUAGAAUGUUUUUAUGAAGAUAUGAAAAGUGGUGUUGAAAAUGUUUUAGAGUAUCAAGUUAUUACUGGAGGUCAGUAUGAUGUUGAUGUCUCAAUACAAGAUCCAUCUGGAAAAGAAUUAUAUAAAGAAACUAAAAAACAAUAUGAUAAUCAUGCUUUUACAACAGCUAUUGAAGGUCCCUUUAAAGUAUGUUUUAGUAAUGAAUUUUCUUCCUUUACCCAUAAAGUGGUAUAUUUUGAUUGGCAAAGAAGUGAUAAACCAGAUCCAUCACAAACUAAACAUGCGGGACCAGUGACUGAAAUUGAAAAUUCUGCUAAAAAUAUCAAUGAUAAACUGAAAAAUAUAGAUGAUUUUCAGACACAUCACCGUUUACGUGAAGCAACUGGUAGAAAACGUGCAGAACAAUUAAAUGAAAGAGUUAUGCUUUGGUCUUUAGGUCAGACUUGUGUAAUUAUUUUAAUUGGAAUUGGUCAAGUCACUCUUCUUAAGUCUUUUUUUACAGACCGCCGUACAAAUUAUUGA